AUGGGCAAAGCUCAAAAGAUUAUCGAAUUGCUGCUGCAUCCUACCGAGGCGCGCGCAGUGAUCAACUACAAAAUAUGGCGCGAUACGCGUGAUAUCACGGAUGUCAAGGAAUUACCUACAACCUUCUAUGACAGACCGACGAUGAAGCGGACAUGGGACUUUUUGGAUAUGACAAGUCGGAGUUUUGCUUUUGUGAUCAAGGAGCUGGAGGGAGAGCUUGCGCGUAUUGUCUGCAUCUUCUACGUCGUCCUGCGUGCGCUCGACACCAUCGAGGACGACAUGACGCUCCCAAAUUCGGUCAAGCUGCCACUCUUGCGGUCAAUGCACCUCAAGCUGCACGAGCCCGGAUGGAACUUUGACGGGAGCGGACCGAACGAGGCGGACAGGCAGGUCUUGGUGGAGUUUGAGAAUGUUCAAGCGGAGUUUGCGCUGCUCGACCGGAAAUACCAGCUGGUCAUCGAAGGCAUCUGCCAAAAGAUGGGUCGGGGAAUGGCCGAUUUCGCCGCGCUCGCUACGCCCGAACAACCGGUCGCAGAGGUCAACUCGAUUGCCGACUAUGACCUCUACUGCCACUACGUCGCCGGCGUCGUCGGCGAGGGUCUCUCCGGUCUCUUUUCCGCUUCGGGCAGAGAACGUCCUUGGCUCGCCGACCAAUUAACCAUCUCCAACUCGAUGGGCUGUCUCCUCCAAAAGACAAACAUCCUCCGGGACGUCAAAGAGGAUGUCGACGAAGGACGGGGAUUCUGGCCGCGGGCUAUUUGGGCCAAGCACGGCUUCAACUCGAUGAAGGAGCUGGUGGACCCGGCGAGGGAGAAGGAGGCAUUGUUUGCCGCGAGCGAAAUGACGCUGGAUGCGCUCAGGCACGCAUUGGAUGCGCUCGACUACAUGACGCUGCUGAAGUGCCAAACGGUCUUCAACUUCGUAGCCAUUCCGGCGGUGAUGGCGAUGGCGACGCUGGACAGGUGCUUCAUGAACCCGUUGCUGUUGAAGAAGAAUGUCAAGAUCAGGCGAGGGGAGGCUGUCUCCAUCGUUUCCCGCUCGGUCAAUCCCCGCGAUGUCUCCUUCAUGUUCAAGGGCUUUGCCCGCAGCAUCCACAGCAAGGUGCACAAGGAGGACCCGAAUCUCCUUCGUCUGUCCGUCGCAUGUGCAAGGAUCGAACAAUGGUCCGAGCAUCACUACCCCACAUUUAUCCAAAUCGCUCCGGGUCAACAAGCCGCCAUCGACAGCGGCACCACGGACGCCCGCGCACCCAUGUACGCCAAGAUGUACGCCUCGCUCGCUGAGAAGGCCGCGGCCGAGAAGCGCGACGCGGUUAUUGCCGACCUCAAGGCGCGGGGCAUCAUCAAGCCGAUGCCGUGGGAUGAAAUGAUCGAGGUCGAGGAGGAGGACGAGAAUGGGGAGAAGAGGAUGGUGAAGCGCCCCAAGGCGCCCAGGCCGGUCACUGUCCCGACGGAAGAUGUGAGCAUGUGGAUGCUGGUGGGUAUCGUCGCGGCGGUGCUGGGGUCGAUGAUUGCCAUGGGGGCUUUGGUGAUCUGGUUGGUGGUGAGAUUCUCGUAG